AUGGUCCCCAAAGAAGAACAUCAGUAUCUGGGGAUAGUCCAACUGCUCCUGCACUUCAACUGGACUUGGAUUGGCCUCAUUGCUCCAGACACAAACAAUGGAGAGAGGUUCAUGAGGACCUUGAAGCCCCUGCUAACCAGGAACACAAUUUGUGCUGCCUUCUCACUUAGCAUCCCAAUAACAGUGCCUCUCAAAACAUUUUUCAGGUGGAACGAAGUCAAUGUAUUAGUCUACUAUGGAGAGAUGCGCUACUUCAUUAGUAUAAUAGAUAUUUUGCAAUAUGUGGUUGAAAAUUAUAUAAGACCCAUUGUGGGGAAAGUCUGGAUCACAACAGCUUUGUGGGAUCUCACCUUGAAUUUGUCUUAUGAACUGCUUUCUCCUCUGCACAUCCAUGGGUUUUUCUCUUUCUUAACUCGUAUUAAAAGAAGGCCAAACUAUGAUAAUUAUGAAACAUUUCACAUUCCUAUGCGGAAGUUUGGACAGAAAUCAUUUAAGUGUUCAUAUUCAAAGCACAUGUUCUCUGUAAAAGGAAGGGAAAGGUGCAGGGAAGAUAACACUCUGGAGUCCCCGCCUGACAAAGUGAUUGAGAAAAUCCUGUCUCUGGAUAGUUACAGUAUUUACAACCUUGUCCUUGCUCUGGCAGGGGCCUUGAGGGCUGCACUUUCCUCCAAAUCCAAUCAGAUGGUGGCAAAGGGUAAAAAGAGGCUGAAAUAUCGAAGGAUACAGUCUUGGCAGCUUCACCCUUUCCUGGGAAGCUCCCAGUUUUACAAUACUUCCAUGGAAGGAGUGUAUUUGAAUGAGAAUGGGCAGUUGACAGUCAAAUCUGACGUUGUGAACUGGGUGCCAUUUCCCAACAACUCCUUUGGUGCCGUGAAAUUUGGGAGCAUAAGCAGACAGGGAUCCUCAAGCACAAAAUUCACCAUUGACCAAGAGGCUCUUGUGUGGUCCAGACUGUUCAACCAGACUCUUCCUCAGUCCAGGUGUACCGAAAGCUGUCGCCCUGGAUAUGCCAAGAAGGUUCAGGAAGGGAAACCUAUUUGCUGCCAUGCUUGUGCUCCAUGUGCAGAAGGGAUGAUCUCCACUCAGGAAGAUGCAGAUCACUGCACCAAAUGUCCAGAAGAUCAACACCCCAACAAGGACAGAGAUCAAUGUAUCCCCAAGAUUAUCAUCUUCCUGUCCUAUGAUGAAUAUUUGGGGACCCUCUUGGCUUCCACUGCACUUUUUUUGGCCUUAAUCACAGGCCUUGUUUUAGGAAUAUUCAUUAAAUAUCUUGACACUCCCAUAGUCAAAGCCAACAACAGGGACCUUUCCUACAUCCUCCUUGUCUCCCUCCUCCUUUCCUUUUUGUCCUCCUUUCUGUUUAUAGGCCGGCCAAGGAAAGUGACCUGCCUUGUCAGGCAGACGGCCUUUGGCAUCAUCUUCUCAGUUGCUGUCUCUUCUUUGUUGGCAAAAACUAUUACUGUCGUGCUGGCCUUCCUAGCCACUAAGCCAGGAAACAGGGUGAGGAGAUGGCUGGGAAAGAGUCUGGCUAAUUCCAUUGUCAUUUUCUGUUCCAGUAUCCAAAUUCUCAUCUGUGUCAUCUGGCUGGGUACCUUUCCUCCAUUCUCAGACUCUGACAUGCACUCCCAGGUUGGAGAGAUCAUCCUGCAAUGCAAUGAAGGAUCUGUUGCUAUGUUUUACACUGUCAUUGGCUACAUGGGCUUGCUGGCUGCCAUCUGCUUCACUGUGGCUUUCCUAGCCAGGAAGCUGCCUGGGGCCUUCAAUGAGGCCAAGCUGAUCACCUUCAGCAUGCUGGUCUUCUGCAGUGUUUGGGUGUCCUUUGUGCCCACCUACCUGAGCACCAAGGGGAAGUACAUGGCACUCAAGAAGGAGAUUGGAGUAAAAGGCAGGUGCAUCAUAACUCACCUUCUGCUGUUGCUAUUGCUACUACCUGAAGCAACACCAGAGAUGCUGAACUCAAAAUGCCCAUUGACUUUGAUAAGGGAUCCCAAUGCACCCUUGAAUUGGUACAGGCGAGGAGACUACCAUAUUAGUGGGGUCAUAUCUGCUACACCUGUUGGGUUCAUUCCAAGUGUCUUCAAUGAGCCUCCCUUUACCAGAGUUGAUGGGUAA